AUGCUAAUUUACAGAGAAGGGAAGAAUUCCUGCAAUUGGAAUAGGCCGGUUGUCUUCAAAGAACUGGCAGCGGUAAGCUUUGCCAAAGCUCAGGAAACUGCCGGGACGGAUCAGUUCGUGGUCUGGCUGGUUAAAGAGCUUCAAGGGACUGAUUUUUGGAAGCUACGACGAGCAUACUCGCCUGGGAUACAAGAGUACGUUGAAGCUGCAACCUUCUGUAAAUUCUGUAGGACCGGGACUCUUUUGAAUCUUGAUGAGAUGAAUGCUACUUUGCUACCACUCAGUGAUCCGUCUCUUGAGCCUUUGCAGAUCAAUGCCCUUAACUAUCUCUUAGGGCUUGCAGAUUUGACUGGAGAGCUGAUGCGGUUGGCAAUUGGUCGAAUUUCAGAUGGUGAAGUUGAAUUUGCUGAGGACAUGUGUAAGUUUGUGCGUGAAAUUUACAGGGAACUGACCCUAGUUGUCCCCUUUAUGGAUGAUAGUAAUGACAUGAAGACGAAAAUGGAUACAAUGCUUCAAAGUGUAAUGAAGAUAGAGAAUGCUUGCUUCAGUGUUCAUGUUAGAGGAUCAGAGUAUAUGCCUCUACUUGGCUCCGAGGAUCCAACUUCCUUUUUAUUGGGAGUGCCCAGUGUUGAUAUAUGAUGCUUGAUUUCGAGGAGCAAGGAUAGGAGAUGCACUCUUUAGUGGAAAACAUUUUUAGUACAUCCUUGUCGCUGACGCGCACCCAGCGGACAAGAGAUUGCCACUUGUUUUGAGGAAAAAACACCUCGAUGUUUUCUUUGGAGAGCAGUAAGCUUUUGAAACAGUUUCUCUAAUUUCCUGAAAUGGAUGAGGAUUACUUAGAUUUGAAUAGCUUGGUGAAAACUCAGCCAAAAAGGUGUUAGACAUGAGGUUCACAUUAGAAUGCAGGAGCAGCCUUUUACUAUUAAGCCAAAAUGAAAUCGAAGUAUGUUUAAUUUCUUGUACACUAUCUGUCUGAGUUGAUUACCUU